AUGGCUUCAAACCUGCCUGGUCCCUGCUGCUUCUCCGGCUUUAAGCACGAGGGGACGCCAACCGGAACUCUUCAAGUCAUCAAUGGUGUCAAAACUUAUAUCGCGAAGCCCUCAGGCAACCAGGAGCCUCAAAAUGCGGUGCUACUGCUCAGCGACGUCUUCGGAGUCGUCCAGAACAGCAUGCUUCUAGCAGACGAUUUUGCGUCGAACGGCUAUCUUUGCGUUCUCCCGGACUUGUUUGAAGAGGAACACCUUCCUCUCGACGUCUUUGAGAAGGGUACUUUUGACAUUCCUGCAUGGGCGGCUAGGCAUGGUCCAGAACAGGUCGAUCCUAUCCUUGAAAGAACCAUCUCUUUCUUGAGGGAUAUCGUCGGAGUAGAAAAGAUAGCCGGCGCGGGAUACUGCUUUGGCGGAAAGUACGUUGCUCGAUUCCUUAAAGAGGGCAAGUUGGAUAUCGGGUACACUGCGCAUCCGUCGUACAUCACCUUCGAAGAACUCCAGGGCAUCGAGAGACCUUUGUCAAUCACUGCUGCAGAAUUGGACCAUAUUUUCACUCGCGAACUAAGACACAAAUCCGAAGACACUCUCACGACUACACGCCAGCCUUACCAGAUAUGCCUGUACAGUGGUGUUGAGCACGGGUUCGCAGUACGUGGUGAUCUGACUGUGCCUCACAAUAAGUUUUGCAAGGAGCAAGCAUUUAUUCAAGCACUGGCUUGGUUUGACUACUAUACGAAGGGUUAG